ACAUACAAAAGUACACACUUGGCCAGUUCAUCGAUUCAUCCCUUUUUUUUACACUUUUUUUUAGGGUUUCAGUCUGUUUUGUUUUCAUAUAUAUAUAUAUAUUCAUCGAAUUACAGUCGCCAAAAUCACUACCAUGAGCGACGGUCAAUUCAACAUGGCUGAUCUCGCUUCCGGUCUUAAUGCUGAGGAUCGUGCUGAUCUUGUUAAUGCUCUCAAGAGUAAGCUGGAGAAUUUGAGUGAACAGCAUCCUGAUAUAUUGGACACUCUUUCGUCGAAAGUUAGGCAACGAGUUGUUGUUCUUAAGGAUCUUCAGAGUCAACAUGAUGAGCUGGAAGCCAAGUAUUUUGAAGAAAAAGCAGAACUGGAAGCUAAGUAUCUGAAGCUGUACGAGCCGCUGUAUGCUAAGCGAUAUGAAAUAGUGAAUGGCCUGACUGAAGUUGAAGGAGCAUCAAAUGAUGAUUUGGUGGAUAAGGAAAACACUGAGUCAGUAGAAGAUAAAGGUGUGCCUAAUUUCUGGCUCACAGCUAUGAAGGCCAAUGAAGUACUAGCCGAUGAGAUUUCCGAGUCUGAUGAAGGAGCCCUUCACUAUCUCAAAGAUGUCAAGUGGUGUAGGAUUGCUGGUUCCAAGGGCUUUAAGCUUGAACUUUUCUUUGAUCCCAACCCUUACUUUAAGAACUCCGUGUUGUCCAAAACAUAUGAGAUGAUUAACGAGGAGGAGCAUAUUUUAGAGAAAGCAAUUGGGACGGAGAUUGAAUGGUUUCCGGGGAAAAAUUUGACCCAGAAGGUUCUGAGGAAGAAACCUAAGAAGGGAACCAAAAGCACCAAGCCACCAAUUACAAAAACAGAGGAUUGUGAAAGCUUCUUCAACUUUUUUAACCCGCCACAGAUCCCUGAUGAUGAAGAUGAUAUUGAUGAGGAUGCUGCUGAACUACUUCAAAAUCAAAUGGAACAUGAUUAUGACAUUGGGUCCACCAUUCGAGACAAGAUCAUUCCUCAUGCAGUCUCUUGGUUUACUGGUGAGGCUGUUGAGAAUGAUGAAUACGAUCUGGAAGAUGAAGAUGAUACAGAGGAUGACGAAGAUGAUGAGGACGAGGAUGAAGAUGAUGAUGAUGAGGAGGGGGAGGAGGAUGUAAAUGUGAAAAGUAAAAAGAAGUGAAGAGUUUGAGCAGAAAAUCAGUUCUGAAUCAGCAUUGAGCUCAGAACUGGCGAACAACGUAUUUAUUUGGUCUUUGAUAUAGCAGUGAGUAGCUGGUGAAGGUGUGCAGUCGUCUUUUUUUUUUUUUUACCUCCAUGUUUCUUGUUUGAUUCAUCUCAUGCCUUAUAUAUAUCAUGUGAUUAUUGAUUUUGAAAUUCUGAAGGAGUGACGUCUCUUUCCUAUAUAUUAUCAUGUACAUUAUUUUUGUUCUGGUUAUUACAUAUUGGGAAUGGUUGUUUUGGUUU